CCCUCACACAAUCCACCCACCAUACUUCCCAAAAAUGUGUGUGUAUGUGAGAAAGAGAAACAGACAGAGCAAAAGGCGGUGCAAGCGAGCUUCAGUACACGACCUGAAAGUUUCAAGGGCACAGGGGGAAAAGAUCGAUUGAGGAUGAUGAACGUGAUGACAAAGAGCUGGACAACGUGAGGAUGUGUGGUUCUGGAAGAAACUGGAAUCUCUAAUUAAUUCAUAUCUGACGUUUCUGAAGAGGGAGCACAGUGACAAGAGAGGAUAAAAGAUAGCAGACACUCCCCACCAACUCAUUUCUCCGUUCACUCAACUGCCAAGUACUGUACAAGGAGCAUCAAUGGAUCUGCCAAUCGACCUCCUCAUCUUUCUCCUCCUCCUUGCCAUCAGUGGAGUUCUUGGAGCGUGCCCAGAUGGAUGCCAGUGCAAAGACAACAAAAUCCUUUGCCAUGGCAGGUCAAUCACAGAGUUUCCCUCCUCAGUGCCUGGUUCCACUACCACCUUCUACAUCUCCAACACCAACAUCACCGCUCUCAAACCUGAUGACUUGGCUGGUUUUGCCGAGGCCCUUGGCAUCUUUGUCGUCAAAGACACUGGGAUCAGAGAAGUAUUCCCUGGCACCUUUGACCUCACCCGUAACUUGGGUGCCCUGGGCUUCACCGGCACUGAGCUGAAUGACCUGCCUGAGGCCUUGUUUGUAAAUCUGGUGAAGCUGGAAUCUCUGACUCUGAGCGGCAACAAGCUCCUGGUGCUUCGCCCCGCCUGGCUUUACUCCCUCGCUGCUCUGAGGACCCUGGACUUCAGCAAGAACCUCAUCACGUCUGUACCAGAGAAGGCCUUUCGCUCUGUCACUCAGCUGGAGCAUCUCACCCUGGCCAGGAACGGCAUCAACCAACUCUACAGGGACACCUUCAGGGGCCUGAGCAAGAUCAAAUCCCUGCGUCUGAACCGGAACGCUCUUAGGGCGAUCCCUGCUGGAGCGUUUGAUGACCUGGUAAGCCUGGAGGAGCUCUCUCUACAGGAUAAUGCCAUCACUCAUCUCCCCGCUAACCUGUUCUCCCAGCUGCAGAGCCUAAAGAAGCUUUAUCUCUCCAGCAACCGGCUGACUUCCCUCCCAGAGGGGAUUCUCCUCAACCUCCCUAACCUGGCCCAGAUCUCACUGUAUGAGAACGAGCUCCAGAGUCUGUCCCCAGGAGUGUUCGGCCCCAUGGCCGUGAGGGAGCUGUGGCUGUAUGACAACCGGCUGACCCACCUGGAGGAACACACCUUCAGCAACCUGACCCAGCUGCGUCUGCUGGUACUGAGCCGGAACCAGAUCAGCUCUGUGUCUCCCGGGGCCUUCAGUGGGCUGGCAGAGCUGGGGGAAGUGUCCCUACACACCAACCUCCUCACCAGCCUGCAGGAAGGCACCUUCCAGGGGCUGCAUAAGCUGGUAAACAUCUCCCUGGAGAACAACUACAUCCACUCCCUUCCUGCCAGGCUUCUCCAUGGCCACUCCCACCUUGGCCAACUGGACCUCCACAACAACUCCCUCCUCAACCUGCCCUCAGAGCUCCUCAGCACCCUCACGGUGGCCAAUGAGGUGCUGCUCGCUGAAAAUCCCUGGAAGUGUGACCAGGACAUCGUGCCACUGCGGGACUGGCUGACACGGAACCCCACCAAGGCUAACCUCAGUACUGUGGUGUGCCUCACGCCCUCUGUCUUAAGCGGUGACAGCAUAGCCGAACUGACUGACGAGGAGCUGAUGCUGUCCACUCCGACCGCCGUCCCUGAUACCACCCCGACAGAGAAGAGAAGGAAGCCCCACACCCCCGCUCCCAAGAGGAGCACCCCCUCCCCUGCUGCAGAGGCCACGCCCACCCAGGAGCAGGGGGAGGACACCAGCAGUGGGCAGGGGAACGGAGAGGGCGUGUCCAGGAAUACGCAGAUCAUUAUCAUCGCGGUGGUCUGCACCGCCAUCAUCACCAGUCUCAUCGUCUGCUGCGUCUGCUGGAGGAGGAACAACAGAGGCAGCCGCAACCUUGGCCGCAGGAACAAAAACAAUUCGGUCAUCUAGACUGGCCCAGAGGCCUGAGAACCACAUAGGAGGUGUACUGUACAGUUAUGCUGAGCAUGCCAGAGCAAACAUCCUGAUGCAGUUGCUCCCAAACAUCUUAGCACAGGAACCCAUCGUGUCUCUAUCAUGUCUCUUCAAGAACUCAUGACCAAGGACAGACUAGCUGGGGCCUGAGCCUUGGGGAACUCUACUUUGAUCGAAUAAGUUAUUCUGAUUGGGAUCCCAUAAUAUUAGAAUUAAGCCAUUUUGCAAGUCCCUCUUCAGCAAGCUUUCUGAGGUUUGAACGAUAUUUAGCACAAAUAACCAAAAAGAACAUCUCAUAAACCAACAAUAAUCAUCUGGAAAUUGCAUGGAUGAUAU